UGUGAGGUAGUGCCUGUCGAACGUGUUUUCCUGCCUGUUUAAAGAAACUUGGUAAUCAAUUCCUGCUAAUAAUGAAGUUUAAAAAUAGAAUACAGAGAAUUAAUUCAAAACGCCAAGGCUCAUGACAUAAAGAGGUAGAAAAAGUGUAUAGGCGGAAGAAUUACCAGACAAGGCGAAGCUCUACAAUGCAGCCCACGGAGCUCGAGGGGGGGUCUUCAACAAGGGUGACGCUGCAGGCAGGUGGUAAUGGGGGGGUCCUUCUGGAGGAGGUCACCUCAUCUGUCAAACAAGUGGAACUGGAGCCCCACAUUGCAGCUAAGGGCAGUGAUCCUGCAGAACAGAAUCUGGAGAAGGUCCCAAGGGCUGGAGAUCAGUGUAGUACCGUGACGCCCAAGCAGGACAAGAAAGAGACGGACACAGGGCCGAGAAUGACUAAGAAGUUCCUGAAGGAGCACUGCAAGAAGAACAAGCUGUAUGUGACACCCCACCUGAACGACACCCUCUACCUGCACUACAAAGGGUUCUCCACCAUCGAGAACUUGGAGGAGUACACAGGUCUCAAGUGUCUGUGGCUCGAGUGCAACGGGCUGCAGCGCAUCGAGAACCUGGAUGCUCAGACGGAGCUGCGCUGCCUCUUCCUGCAACAGAACCUCAUCAGCCAGCUGGAGAACCUGGAGCCCCUGAGCCGCCUUUGCACACUCAACCUGUGCAACAACUACAUCAAGGUCAUUGAGAAUCUGUCAUGCCUCUCUGAGCUGAGUACGCUGCAGCUGGCGCACAACCGGCUAGAGACAAUACAGGACAUCGCCCACCUGUCACUGUGCCCAGCCAUCAGCGUUCUUGACCUGUCCCACAACCAGCUGAGGGACCCAGCCAUCCUGACCAUCCUCGAGGCUCUGCCAGAGCUGCGAGUUUUGAACCUAAUGGGAAACAAGGUGGUCAGAAACAUCCCGAACUACAGGAAGACGCUCAUCGUGCGCCUGCGGCAGCUCACCUACCUAGACGACCGGCCUGUGUUCCCCAAGGAGAGGGCGUGUGCGGAGGCGUGGGCGGCUGGUGGGCUGGAGGCAGAGCAAGCUGAGCGCGAAAAGUGGGAGACGCGGGAGAGGAGGAAGAUCCAGGAAAGCGUGGAUGCCAUGCUGGCCAUCAGGGACAGAGCCAGGCAGAGGAGGAUGGCCGCUGAGCAGCAGGAGGCCAGUGAGACAACACACACACAUACACACACAAAGUACAACUUGCACAUGUACAGCACUUGCAACAACUUGAAUCCCCUGGAGGCUCUCAUUGGCAUUCACUGUCCUCAUCCAGCUGAGACAUUGUCUGCCAGAGGGGACACAGAGAAGCUGGAUGCUUUUGUGGAGGAGACUCUGCAGGCCCAUCAGGAAUUCUUGGAAGCAUGUGCUGUUGGAGAUACGACCGAGGGUGGCAGUGUUGGCUCUGCCCAUCGUACCCCCAGGAUGGAGCAAUCUCCCUCAGCUGCAGACUCACCGGCAGAGCCAAAGGCCCUUCAGGGGAGCCAGCCAAUCACUGAUCUGGAGGAAGGAUGGAUGGGUGUUCAGGAGAACCAGCUGAUCACAGACCUGGAGGAAGAAUGGAUGGGUGCUCAGGGGAGUCGGCCGAUCACAGAGCAAGAGAACGGAUUGGUGAGCGUUCAGGGGAGCCAGCCAAUCACAGAGCUGGAAGAUGGAUGGAUGGGUGCCCAGGAGUGCCAGCCGAUCACAGAGCUGGAGGACGGAUGGGCGGGUGCUCAGGGGAGCCAACUGAUUACGGAGCUGGAGGAUGAAUGGGUGGGUGCCCAAGGGAGCCAGCUGAUCACAGAGCAGGAUAAGGGAAUGGUGAGUGUUCAGGGAAGCCAGCUGAUUACAGAGCUGGAGGACAGAUGGGCAGGGUCUCAUGGGAGCCAGCCGAUCACAGAGCUGGAGAUGGUGGAGACGCUGCCAGGAGCCACUCAUGGAGAACAGGCUGUCAUGGAGGUGAAGCUGCAGUCGAUGGCGACUCAGGGUUCUUUGGUCACUGAGCUAGAGGAGCCAGAACAACUGGAAAACAUCCACCUAGAGCAGCUCAGACUGACCAUCAAUGACCUUCCUGACUCAGAGGAUGAAGGAGGAGACCCUUUAGCCAAGCAGCUGGCAUUUUGCCCCAGAAUUGAAGUGAUCUCAUCAAAGGGUGAUGAAGAUGAGAACGAAACAGGCCCCAGUGAGACCCCUGAAGUGCAAGAAGAGUGGCCAUCAUCUAGUCCUUCAGACCUGCUUUUCAUAGUCAACAGGGCAAUGGGGGGGCAGUGGCCAGCAAGCCCCUCCACUACAGACAUUCCCCAGGCUGGAGGAUUCCCCAGGGUGGCCAGAAUGUCACAGCAGCCACUCGACCCCUCACAGCAUAACUCAGUCAAACGUCUGAUUGAGGAGCUCGACUGACGGGGGAUGAGCUGGAGAGACGUUCACAGGGUCUGCAUAUCAUAAACGUCUUCACAUUUGCUGCAGAUGUUAUCUAUUUUUGUUUUCAUUCAGCAAAAAAUUGUGUGAAACCAAUAUAAAUAUAAUGCUGUGAUGGACUGGUGUACCGUCCACAGUGCUUCUGGGAUGGAUUCCGAACCACCCUAACCCUGCAUUGGAAAAGCUGUUAAUAGUAACAAGUAACCAACCAGAAACACAACCAGAGACCAAAAACUUGACUUAUUAGUUACUCCAAAGUCAGUUUUCUUUUCAGUAUUGAUCUGAGAUUUGGGGACAGCAGAUGAGCUGUUAAACACUGUGGGAGUGAAUUGAAUUGAGGUGUCCUACACUGCUGUUCUGUUUGGGUCUCUUUACUGCCCCCACAAAUUCAGAAUAAACACAGAACACAAAAAUUUUUGAAAAUUCAUAUUCACAAAGAAAAAUGGUCAAAUCCUAAAUCUAGCGUUAUUACCCUUUUUAAAACUGAAUUGGUACAAUAUGUAAACAUUUUACAUAUCAUACCAACUGAUAUCAAGAAUAUGUUGGGUAGUUUGAAUUGUGUGGAAUGUGCUUGUAAACCCUAACAAAAAAUAUAACUGGAGUCAUUAGUCUCAACGACUUUGGUCAUUGUUGUAUCUGUGUAUAGCUGUUUGUUCUGAUG